UAGGUGGCGCGCAGUGUCUUGCAGUAUGGCGACGCGUUUUGAUGCGAGGUUGUGAACCGCAAAUCUUCCUAUCGUAGCGUUGUUUUGAAGACAAAAGCGCAAGUAAUUUCCGGUGUUUAAGAGACUUUCGAUUCUUCGGCAAUCAAACGUUUGUAAGACUUUGCAGCGCGCGCGCACCUUGCGAUUCUCUGUCGCGUUCUCUUUACGUGCCCCAGGAACGUGUUUCUGCAUGGCCAGCCUACGUAUGUGUUGCGCAUUGUAUUUAUAGCGAUAACUCGUGCAGUCCGAAAAUAGUUAAGAAGUGUGUGUAUACAUAUACGCAAACAUAAACACGCCGUGUUUUCAAGAUGGGUCCACCUUGCGAUUGGCAGAUAAGCAAGCAAAAUUUUGAGGAACGUGGUCAGUAUCUGUUAGAAACUGGACUGUGGUCAGAUUGUCAGUUUAUUGUAGGACAAGAACCGCAGCAGCAAACUCUCAAAGGUCACAAGCUAUUCUUAGCAAUGACCAGUCCAGUAUUUGAGGCUAUGUUCUUUGGUGGCAUGGCUGAAAAGAAUGAUCCAAUACCAAUAAAAGAUGUUCAGCCCGAAGCAUUUAAGGCUCUGUUGGAAUAUAUAUAUACAGACAAGGUGAUGCUGAGCUCGUUUGAAUUGGCUUGCGAAUUAUGUUACUGUGCUAAAAAGUACAUGAUACCGCCAUUGGUAGAAAAAUGCACGAAAUAUCUAUGGUCGGAUCUUUCGCCGAAGAAAGCUUGCAGGGCGUUCGAAUUUGCCAAGCUCUUUGAGGAGCCUGUACUGACGGACAAGUGUAUGCAGAUCAUACGGUCAAAAACAGAUGAAGUAUUGAAUGAAUCCAGCUGGGAAGACAUAGAGUUAGAUACAGUUCUCACAGUGUUGGAACAAGAUGAGUUGCAAAUAAAUUCAGAAGUAGAUUUAUUCAAUGCGGUGGAACGAUGGGCAAAGUCAGAAUGUGGAAGAAAAAAUCUUGACCCAACAAAUGGAAAUGCAUUGAAAUCUGUUAUUGGAAAUGCACUCUCUAAGAUAAGAUUUUUGAGUUUGAACGCACACGAAUUUGCAGAUGGUCCUGGCGGAUCUCCUCUACUCACACAGGACGAAUCGUUUGCGAUAUUAAUGAACAUAUUAUGUUCCGGCAACAAAACACCCAUGCCCGAAGGUUUUUCUACUAAUAUGAAUAGUAGGGCAAAGUCAGUUUCUUCAGUAAAUUUGCCCAAAAGGCCUUGUUUACCAAAUAUCUAUGGCAACAAAAUGAAUAAUAGUAGUCUGUGUUCUGAUUUUGAUGGAGAGUCCAAUGGUGCGUUACGUUUUUCGCCGAUCGUAAACUCAGACGCAGGACGAAAUAUGAUCAAAGAUUCUAGGAAUCUAGAUCUUAGGAAUUUGCCGAAUUCUUCGUCUUCUUCAGGAGUGUUUAUGCGCGAUGGGCCUAAAUAUUAUUGCCUCAGAUCGGUCGUUCAACAAACGGAUUGUCUGAACACAAACGUGAUGGACUGUUCCGUCACAUUCAGCGUGGAUAAAAAUAUUUGUGUGGUGGGUGUGCAAGUGCCUACGCAAAUCGUCACGGGAGGCAACUUCGCUCAGUCGUUGGACGCCGAUAUGUCUUACACCGAAAUCUUGUACGCCCAUUUGCUGGAUUGUGACGGCGCACGUUUGACGUACACACACUUUACCACUAAAGCAAAUUUCGGCAAUCUCGUGGAAAUUUCUUUUAAUCGACCAGUUUACAUUCAGAAGCAUAAGGUUUAUCGAGUUGGUGUGGUGUUUAACAAGGCCGGAUGGUACCCUGUAGGAGUUUGCGCUCAAAACAUGUCCUGUGAUAAUGUGUAUUUCUCGUUUGGAGUUGGUAAUACAGCACACGCAGUUCGUGACGGUCUUAUUCGAUCUAUAGUUUUCACGUAUCACUAAUACCUGAUGUCGAUAGCUAACAAGGAAGGUUCCCGAAAAUCUGAAAAACAAUCCUAUCUACGCAAAAGCGUGUAAUGAAAGCGUUUAUGUAAUAAAAUUAGUUAAAUUUCACAAUCAUUUUGACAAAAAUAUUGUGUAAAAAUUUAUGUUAAAAUAACAUAAAGAUGAUAAACUGAAAUUUUGUAUUUGACACGGUUUCAAAUUAUCCUCAACGAAGUAUCUUUUAUUUUUAAAUUUUUUCCCAAAGAUAUUCUUUGUUCUUCAUUUCUAGUUUUUCGAGUUCAUCGUUGCCCUUUUUUGCAAUAUCUAUCGAUUCUUUUUACGACUUAAUAGUUCGAGAAAUUGAAAAAUUCAACAAUUUGACAUUUGUGUAUGAGAUGAAAAGGAGUCCAGUCAAGAAAUAAAGAGUUCAAUAUAUGUGAUUAAAGAUCUCUAAAUCAUGUUAAAAUUCUGCAAAGUUUUGUAUUAGUUUUAUUUUUCCAGUUCUCUCCAACCUUCCUUGAGGCGAAAUCUUGUACGUAUAUAUUAUGACAAGUACGAUUUCUGACGAGAAUCUACUUUUGUGUUGUAUAUUACAAUAAUACACUAUUUUAAUUUUUAAGCGCACGUCUUUCAUUGUGUAUAAAUAUUAAAACUGCUUUAAUAGUACAAAUAUACUCAUCGAUUCUAA